UUUCUUCCCUGAGGAUACAGACAGUGCAAAGAAAAUGGCUGCGUUCUUACAGUGGAGACGAUUUGUGUUUUUUGAUAAAGAGACCGUGAAGGACGCUGGAGAUAAUGGGAAGAACUUUGUCCUCCCGGUUGGCAUAUCUGCAUGUGACUCGGGCCGUGGCCACAUCGUUCUUGGAGAUAUGGACGGUCAGAUCUGGUUUUUGACACGCUCCCUACAGUUGUCCUCCUUUCAGGCUUACAAGCUGAGAGUGACCCACCUGUACCAGCUCAAACAACACAGCAUUUUGGUCACGGUUGGGCAGGACGAGCAAGGAAUUAACCCCCUGGUGAAGGUAUGGAAUCCGGACAAGCGUGACAGCGGGAAUCCUCUGUGUACCAGAAUAUUCCCAGCAAUUCCUGGGAACAAACCAACAGAGGUGUCCUGCCUCAGUGUACACGAGAACCUAAACUUUAUGGCUAUUGGCUUCACAGAUGGCAGUGUGGUGUUGACAAAGGGUGACAUAACCCGGGACAGGCACAGUAAAACCCUGACACUGCAUGAGGGCACCUGUCCAAUCACGGGCCUCGCUUUCCGUCAGCAGAGCAAAGUCACUCACUUAUUUGUUGCCACUCUGGAAAAAGUCCAUUGCUACACUUUGUCAGUGAAGGAGUACCCUAAACUGGAACUGGACACCCACGGCUGUGCGCUGCGUUGCUCUGCACUCACAGACCCCUCCCAGGACUCCCAGUUUAUUGUCGCGGGGGAUGAGUGUGUUUACCUUUACCAGCCUGAUGAACGGGGGCCCUGUUUCGCUUUCGAUGGGCACAAGCUACUGGCCCACUGGCACCGGGGCUACCUCCUGCUGCUCACCAGGGACACCAAGUCUCCCAACAAGUCUGAAUUUGGGAGUAGAGAGACAUCUCCUUCAGAGAAACAAAUCUUGACAAUCUACGACCUGGACAACAAGUUCAUUGCCUACAGCGCUUCCUUUGAUGACAUCAUCGACGUUCUGGCUGAAUGGGGCUCCUUCUACAUCCUGACUCGGGAUGGAAAAAUGUUUGUGCUGCAGGAGAAAGACACUCAGACCAAGCUAGAGAUGCUCUUCAAGAAGAAUCUGUUUGUGAUGGCCAUCAACCUGGCUAAGAGCCAGCACUUGGACAGUGACGGGCUGUCUGAGAUUUUCAGGCAGUACGGUGACCACCUCUACGUGAAGGGGGACCACGAUGGAGCCAUCCAACAGUACAUCCGCACAAUCAGGAAGCUGGAGCCUUCUUACGUAAUCCGGAAGUUUCUGGAUGCUCAGAGGAUCCACAACCUGACGGCCUACCUCCAGGCCCUGCACCGGCAGUCGCUGGCCAAUGCCGACCACACCACCCUGCUGCUCAACUGCUACACCAAGCUCAAGGACAGCUCUAAGCUUGAAGAGUUCAUCAAGAGCAGCGAGAGCGAGGUCCACUUCGACGUGGAGAUUGCAAUCAAGGUGCUGCGCCAGGCAGGCUACCACAGUCACGCAGUCUUUCUGGCCGAGAGGCACCAGCACCACAAGUGGUACCUGAAGAUCCAGCUUGAGGACCUGAAGAACUACCAGGAGGCUUUGCGUUACAUUGGACGACUUCCUUUCGACCAGGCAGAGAGCAACAUGAAACGCUACGGCAAGACCCUGAUGCACCACGUCCCCGACGGCACCACACUGCUUCUCAAGGGCCUGUGUACCGACUACCAGCCCAGCCGGGAUGCCAUGGAAAGAGACAGCCUGGACAGAGCCCCGGCGAUGGCCAAGAAGGCAAAUUCAGAGGAGUUCAUCUCUGUGUUUGCUAAUAACCCGCGGGAGCUAAGGGCCUUCCUGGAGCACAUGAUUGAGGUGGAGCCCUUCUCCUCUCAGGGGGUGUAUGACACACUGCUGGAACUACGGCUGCAGGACUGGGCACAUGAACAAGACUCUGAGAGGAAGAAGGUCCUGCAGGGGGCAGCACUGUCCUUGCUGAGGAGCGACAACACCGUAUUUGACAAGGCCCUCGUCCUGUGCCAGAUGCACAACUUCAAAGAAGGGGUCCUGUACCUCUAUGAGAAGGGCAAACUGUACCAGCAGAUCAUGCACUACCACAUGCAGAAUGAGGAGUAUGGCAAAGUGGUGGAGGCCUGUAAGCGCUACGGCGACCAGGAAGUAUGCUUGUGGGAGCAGGCGCUGGGAUACUUUGCCCGCAAAGAGGAGGACUGCAAGGCCUACAUCAGCCAAGUCCUGGAGCACAUCGACCAGAACAACCUGAUGCCUCCCCUAUUGGUGGUGCAGACGCUGGCACACAACUCCACAGCCACGCUGUCGGUCAUCAAGGACUACCUGAUCAACAAGCUGCAGAGGGAGAGCCAGCAGAUUGAGGACGAUGAGCGCAAGAUCCGCCAGUACCGCGAGGAGACGGCCCACCUCCGCGCCGAGAUCCAGGAACUCCGAAGCAGCGCAAAGAUUUUCCAGAAGACCAAGUGCAGCAUGUGCAACAGCCCCCUCGAGCUGCCCUCUGUUCACUUCCUGUGCAGUCACUCCUUCCACCAGCACUGCUUUGAGAGCUACGCCGAGAGUGAGGCCGAGUGUCCCACCUGCACACCGGAAAACCGGAAGGUCAUGGACAUGCUGCGGGCCCAGGACCAGAAACGAGACCUGCACGACCACUUCACCAGACAGCUGCGGUGCUCAAAUGAUGGUUUCUCCGUGGUGGCGGACUACUUUGGCCGUGGGGUGUUCAACAAGCUGACCCUGGUCACCGACCCGCCGGGCAGUAAGGUGGGGGUGGGAAGCCUGGAGGCAGACCUGCAGAGGGACCUACUCAUCCACGCCAAGAGGAACACUUGAGGGCCACAGGGCACAAUGGAUACAACAGCUUGCAACUGUACACUAUUACCCUUUUCACACUCAUGCUGACCCAAACCAAGCUGGGCUGGCUCUGAAAUUUUAUUUUCAGAUUGUCCUUUUUAGCACAGUUGGUUUGUGUGGCUCGGCUUGGUUCAACUCCAUUGUGUGAAAAGCCCUUAGGUUCUAUGUUUUGCUGUCUGCUGCUCAAGCUAAGAAUAAACUACUAUACCCAGCUGCAAUGGGGUCCCUGACCCAUCGUGCUUUGUUCUGUAGUACACGAUGCCACAAUAUUUAGUCAAGAUGAAUCAGUCAUGCUCCUGUCGCAACACCAGUAAGAGAUGUGUUGAUAGUAGGGUCCAGUGUGGCUCAGUCGGUAGAGCAUGGCGCUUGCAACGCCAAGCGUCGUGGGUUCGAUUCCCGCUGGGACCACCCAUAUGUAAAAGUAGUGGCCCCAGCCGACUUGUAAGUCGCUUUGGACAAAAGCGUCUGCUAAAUGGGAUAUAUUAUUAUUAUAUUAUAGUUUCUGUUUCUGAUGCAUGUUACGCAUCUGGGUUGUGUUUAUUAGGUGAAAUUAACGGAAAACGUUUUUGCAACGUGCAAUGAAUAUGAGCAUUACUUAUUAUACAGGUAGUUGCUGUUUUCUUCAAUAUGGCACCCAAUAAACAACCCUGGUCCAAGCACAGAGGUUCAGAAUGAAGGGUGGUUGGGUGGAUUUCGUUUUUAUGCACUUGAUUUAUGUGCAUUGUGUAAUGUCUUUGAGCACUGUUAGUCUUCUUUUAAAAUAUACAAAUUCUAUCUCUUGAAAUGUGGUUUAUUGAUACUGGGAGUGUACAGAUAGAUGCAUUUUAUUCCUUGUUGUGCCUUCUUGAAAUGCUGUGUGCAUGUAUUUUUUUCCAUAUGAGAUGUCAUGCCAUCUCAUAUUUGGAUUUUAUACCAUGGCCUUGUUGAAUACUCGUUUCUGAUUGGCUUGAAGAGCAUUCUCAAGCGUGCAUUAUUUCCCCAUGAAGCACGGUAUAUCAGCAUGUAAAAAUAAAUCGCUUUAGUUCAUGCUUACAUGUUUUGUUUUAGCUGGUUUUGAAACCAAAAGUCGAAUUGAAAACAUUGUUGAAUUUGAUGUUCAUAAUAGCAUUCUAGGACUGAUGGUUUGGUUAGCUAAACUAACAUGUCUGUUUGGUUACCAUAGCCACAGUAGUUUCUAUCGAGUAAACUUACUAGGUACUUCAGUGGAUGUUGAACGCAUUUCUACCAACACAUUUCUAGUGGAAACUAUGUUUAAUUAUAGCCAUGGUUUAAAAUGGAUAAUCAACUCCGGGCUCUAUGCAUCCUCUGUAAAAUAUUGCAACUCCAUGGACGGUCAGUUCCACUCAGCUAGGGCAUAGUGGAACACACCUUACAUGUCGUUCAUUAUCUUCCAUAGAACGCAUAGCCCCUCGUUAAUUAUCCCUUACUUAUAAAAAUGUAGUCCAUCUCACACUUCAAGUCUGAUUUUGGCUAACGCUAAACAUCAUUAAUGUCUUUAAUACACUUCUCUUCAAGGUGACUUCCAGAAAUGUGCAUGUUGUGGCUGGUGAAACAUUUUGCUGAGAUAGUGUGGUAUCAACCAGUGAUUCUGCAAUGUCUAUGUAUCAAUCCACUAAUGUUGUAUAUAGAUUUGACCUGCACAUUACCUGAAUAAUGAAUGAACUAGCUACAUGUCAUAUGCUUAGAAUUCUAGUUCUAUGCAUUAGCAUACUUGAAAUGUGUCACAUAAAUGAUCUUGUUAAAAAAUGUUUGCGCUUAUCUAAAUAAAUGUGCACAGAUACUCAA